AUGUUCCGUCCAGCCUUGCAAAACGUGGACUUGUUUUGGGUGAUUUUGUUUUACUGGGUUUUUCUGCCGGAGGCUGGUUGCAGAUCAGCCGAUGCUGACAGCUGUCAUGAGGUGAAAACCGCCUACAUGAUGCGCCAGAUAGGCCCGGUGGAGCUGGUACCGGACAGACCGGGAACAGGUGAGUCUCUGAGAGUGUGUGUCCACGCUGGGCCCAGCUGCUGCACCGGUAAGAUGGAGGACAGCUACAUGGCCGCCGUUCGCAGCGAGACGCAGCAGAAGAUGCGCUCCUACAGCUUUGAACUCAAAUACCUGAUCGCUGGACACACCAAGGCCUACCAAGAGACCUUCGAGUCUCUCGUGACCUUCACGUCUAAUCUGACCAGCACCCUGUUAGACAGCGCCUACUCCGCUCUGGCCUCAGACUGUCGCCCCCUAGUGUCUCGGCUGUUCAGCGACAUCAAACUCUACCUCUCUGGAGACCAUAACUCCUCAUUGGACCACACUGUUCGGCGUUUUUACAACGACCUCUUCCCGUUGGUCUACCGCCGCCUGCUGAACCCUGGGAUUGGCCAUCCACCAUCCCCAGCCCCUCCCUCCCCGUCCCCCCCAACCAAUUACGACGACUGCCUGCGGAUGACGCGGCAGGAUGUGAGUCCGUUUGGGCCCCACCCCCGCCUCCUGGUCAGCAGCCUGUCCCGCGCGCUCGGGGUGGGCCGAGCACUGAGCCGGCUGCUGGGUUUGGCUGGAGAGGUUGUGAAUGCGACGGAAAAGGCGGGGCUAUCCAGAGAGUGUGGGCGGGGCUUAGUCAGGAUGCAGUAUUGUUCACAUUGUAGGGGGCUCACGCUGAUACGGCCCUGUACUGGACUGUGCAUUAAUGUCAUGAGAGGCUGUCUGGUGGGUGUGUCAGAGCUGGGUGCCCCCUGGGGGGGAUUGGUGGUAUUGCUCCAGAGGUUGGCAGCUGUUCUUGCGACGAGCAGCAGCCACAACAGCAUGGAGUUAGCACUGUUGGCUGUCCGAAACCACGUGAAUGAUGCAAUACUUCACGCUCAGCUGCACGGACCCCGAAUCACAGCAACGGUAGAGAAGGUAUGCGGCACUCAGAUGGCUGCUCCCAUGAUGCCGAGCGUGCAUCCCACUUCCCCCCAUGUCACGACCUCUGUGACACCUGCGAUGACAUCAGCAACUUGGGGGAUGUCGACUGUGAAUCUGCGUCCCUCUCCAGGUUCUGCAGCUCAGCAGGACUUGCAGUUACAAUCCAGGAGAUCAUUCCCUCUUAAAGGUUCCAGACAUGACAAGUCUCGCAGCCUGAAAAAACUCUCCAGGGAGUUUCAGGGCUCGAUCCAGCGGUACCAGUGGUUUUUCUCAGAGCUGCCAGAGAUGCUGUGUGAGAGUGAGAUGGAGGUUGAACAGCACACCUGCUGGAGCGGCCAAGACGUGGUGGAAAGUUAUACAGGUCGCGUGGUUGACAGCAGCCUAAAGGCCCAGAGAGAAAACCCGGAGAUGACUGUUCGCAAUACUGAUCCUGUCCUGAGGGGGGCGAAACAGAAACUGGAGCAGCUCACACAGGAGCUGCUGAUAGACCUGGGGUGGGCAAGAAGAAUUUGCCCCUUACGCUUCCCACAAGUGCGGUUUGACAGCGCAGGCGAGCACCGCUGCUUCACACACUGCCACCGCUGGAAGCUCCAACGCAAACAUAGAUCCAUGAUCCGGAUGCCUCCUGAAAGAAAAUUUGCCGGUCGAGCGGGCCGCCGUGAGGAUGAGUCGGGCGGUGUAUCUGCCAGUCGUACCCCGGGGAUGAAGGACGCCCCUCCUAACGUCCCUCCUCGUCGCCCGUCGCCUCCCAAGGUGGCUGUUAGAGGCUCCGCCCAUACUUUGACCUCUCACCCCUCACCCUUGACCUUGCUGACCCUGCUGCUGCUGCUGCUGCUGCUGUCACCAUGGGAACCCCGCUGA